AUGGCCGACGAAGUAAUGAGAAUCCAAGUCAAGCGUGGCGUCAAGAAUAAGAAACCCGCUUUCGAAAUCGAAAAGCGUGACGAUGGAUACUAUUACAUUACCUCGGUUGCCGCCAAGAAAUCUAGCAUCAAGCCUGGCGAUCGACUGGUAGAAAUCAAUGGCGUCAAGGAUAAAGACUUUAAAGAUGUUGAAAAGGUUCAGGGAUUGUUUGAUAUGCUGAUAAUGGACAUCAUACCAAAUGAUGAAUCUGAGGAAGAAUCCGAAGAAGAAGAAGAAGAGUCAGGAGAAGAGGGAAGUGAAGAAGGAGAGGGAGAAGCUGAGGAUUUGGAUUAA